AUUGAAUUAGAAUCAUGAAUUCAGCCAGUAAAAUAAUGCGCAAUAUUGUGCCCACUUUGCGAAACUUGCAACAAUCUUCAAUUAGAAGGAGCUUCAACACAUCAGUGAGACGCUUAGACAGUACAAUUGGACCUACUCACAGACCAUCAGACUUUGAUAAGAAGAUGUUGGUUUAUGCCAAAAUGUAUAAAUCAGCUGCUGAGGUUCCCGAAGUUGUUACAAGCAGCCAAAUUAAAAAGGCUAGGGAUUUAUUCAGAAUUCGAGUUAGUUUGGGAAUGUGUUUAGCAACCUUCUUUGGUUGUAUUAUCAUGGUAUACUCAGGCAAAAAAGCCAUGAAAGAAGGAGAUAGUUUACAUAAACGAGGACUAGAUUGGCAAAAACAACUGAAAGAAAAAGCAGCAGAAGAGAAAAAAUCGAACUAA